CGGUUCCUCCGCCACCAUGAGCACCACGUUGGCCAAGAUCGCCGAGAUAGAGGCCGAAAUGGCCCGCACCCAGAAGAAUAAAGCCACGGCGCAUCACUUGGGGCUCUUGAAGGCUCGGCUGGCCAAACUGCGCCGAGAGCUCAUCACGCCGAAAGGAGGCGGAGGGAGUGGCCCCGGAGAAGGUUUCGAUGUGGCCAAGACUGGCGAUGCCCGGAUCGGCUUUGUGGGUUUCCCAUCCGUGGGGAAGUCCACCCUGCUGAGCAACCUCGCUGGGGUGUACUCCGAAGUGGCCGCCUACGAGUUCACUACGCUGACCACCGUGCCCGGGGUGAUUCGCUACAAAGGGGCCAAAAUACAGCUCCUUGACCUUCCAGGAAUUAUUGAGGGCGCAAAGGAUGGCAAAGGGAGAGGUCGCCAGGUCAUAGCAGUUGCCCGCACCUGCAACCUGAUCCUGAUUGUCCUGGACGUUCUGAAGCCUCUCGGACAUAAGAAGAUCAUUGAAAACGAGCUGGAAGGCUUCGGGAUACGCUUGAACAGCAAGCCUCCCAACAUCGGCUUUAAGAAAAAGGAGAAAGGAGGGAUCAACCUGACAGCCACUUGCCCGCAAAGCGAGCUGGACACUGAGACUGUGAAGAGCAUCUUGGCCGAGUAUAAAAUCCACAACGCCGACGUCACCCUGCGGAGCGACGUGACUGCCGAUGACCUCAUCGAUGUGGUGGAAGGAAACAGAGUCUACAUCCCCUGCAUUUAUGUCUUGAACAAAAUUGACCAGAUCUCCAUCGAGGAGCUGGACAUCAUUUACAAGGUGCCCCACUGCGUCCCCAUCUCUGCUCACCACCGGUGGAACUUCGAUGACCUGCUGGAGAAAAUAUGGGACUAUCUGAAGCUUGUGCGAAUUUACACCAAACCCAAAGGGCAGCUGCCAGAUUACACCUCUCCCGUCGUGUUGCCUUACUCCCGGACCACCGUGGAGGAUUUCUGCAUGAAGAUCCACAAGAACCUCAUUAAAGAGUUUAAAUACGCUCUCGUGUGGGGCUCCUCGGUCAAGCACAACCCACAGAAAGUUGGGAAAGACCACACGCUGGAGGACGAGGACGUCAUUCAAAUUGUGAAGAAGUGAAAAGGGCUUCUGGCCAACUUGUCCUGAGCGCCUCCACCCACCCCCCCUUGCAAGGUCCUUGGAAGAGGCAGGCUUGAUGCUAAUGCUGAAUGGCUGCACGCGGAGGCUGCUGUCUGAACAUGAGCCGGCAGAGUGGGGGAGAAGGAAGGUGGCUGUCUGGGGCGUGGGGCUGAUUAAAAUCUGAUUAUUCUCUGGAAA